UUGGCUACGGAGUGAGUCAUCCACAAUAGACCAUCUUUGAGCACGUCCUCUUCCGGCUCAGAAAUGUGACGUAUAGGGCGCAAAUAUACAAGGGAGGUCUUUGUAGUAAGUUGAGACGCUUCAGCCGCAGCGCGUUCCACCGGAGAGAAGAUGCACAACUGGCAGGAGAACGAAAUCAAAGAACUUCUGACCAUCCGGGGGUCGGAGGCGAUCCGCUUCCAGAUCACGGGCACGGUGAAGGACUCGGUCGUGUACAGCAGGAUCACCAAGCGGCUGGCGGAGCGCGGGGUGUUCAGGUCACACAUGCAGGUGAUCAGCAAGCUGAAGGCGCUGAGGAAGCAGUACCUCAAGUACCACCAGCAGAAGCUCCGCUGCGGGAGCGACCGCGUCGACUGGCCGUUCUACGAGCAGUGCCACCGGGUGUUCGGGAAUGCCUCCAUGGCGCACUCGGUGAAACAGCAGAGUCCUUCGCCUCCGCCGGUCGCCUCGCCGCCGCCGCCGUCGCCCUCGCCGCCGCCGCCACCUCCCACUCCUCCGCCGCCGCCGCCGCCGGCGUCCGCCCUCAGCGACGAGCACCAUGAGGUCGUGGUCGGCCUCUGGGACGAAGUUGACAAACACCUGGGUCCGGUGGAGCCGGAGGACGACGACGACCAGUACAGUCCGGCAGAGCAGCUGCACACCAUGAACACCCACAUGAACUCUGGAAAAUUGUGUCCAGACAUUUUCCGGAGUUUGACUUUCACACAUGACGAACACAGCAGGACAUUGUUGGAGGCGUUCACUCCAACAGGAACAUUUCUGGAACAUUCUGUGGCGUCCGUGUCGAGCAGCGGGAGGCAGGACAUGACGAUAAUUCCUGCUGAGGGAGGCAGAGUUUUGUUUAUAGUCAUCAACACACCCACUCGCUCACUGCAAAUUUUCCAGUGAUUUUCCUGCUGUAUUCUUCCAUGGGCUCAAUCGGACAUUUUCCGGAGUUCAUGUCUGAAAACCGUUUAAGCUGAACCAGCUGUCACAACCAGACCAGACCGAGGGCCUGAGCAGCUCCAGGGACAACUUUCCACACAGUUCACUGUGGUGGCUGCUGAGCCUGGUGUCUACAUCAGCUGCCGCAGCAGCACGUCUACGGAGUCCUAUGAGCUCCUAUGGCAAGAACAGUCACACCAGGGAAAAAGUAAAACUCACAUGCAGUCUGACAAAAAGUCCGGCUUUACGUUUUAAAGCCUUUGUAAAUGAGGAAGCAUUUGCCACUAUGCCUUGUUGAAGACAUGUAGUUACUCCUUCUUCCCUUCACAACUUUUAAAAUGAUGUUUAGUUAUUUAUCAUGUUUGAUUUGCAUAAAUCCUCUGAAGAUAACGUCAUGAUUAUGUUAGUACAAGUUUUUUUUUAAAGACGAGGAGCAGCUGAGUUUCUCCUGACUUCGAUGAGGCAUACGGUCGUUUUAAUUAUAUUUAGAGGCAGCAGUGUACAGUUUCAUUUGGUCCAGUAGGUUUAACCUGAAAAAAUCCACGUGACAAACGACAAUAAAACGUAGCGUUGUAUCAGUCGUGGGUAAACGUGAGCGUGCUCUCUGCAGUUUCCUGAUGACGGAGUAGUGUUUGUGUUUAAAUGAUAGUUCUACCACACAUAAAUUCUUGUUGCCAUUAGAAAAUACAAACAUUCAAAAAAAUCUGCUGUACUUUUAAGCCUGUUAUUACAUUAAAGUGAAUAUGUUGUGUCCAUACUCUGAUCUCAUGAGAACAAAGGCUUUGUUAUAGGUGGAGUUGUCUCAACUCCAGCACGUUGGGUUUGAAAAGAAGAAAGGAAAGAUGUUAUGAAAGUCAGAACUUGAAGCUCCUUGCUUUAAAAAAACAACAAAUACGAGACCUAUCAGUGACGGGUUGCAUUUUGUCUCUGGUUCCGCAGCAUACAAGGUUCCCACUAA